CCGUAACAAGUUUUAAUUACGGCACAACACAAAAUCCAAGAGGUAUUAUAACUAUAAUAAUAAUAAUAAUUUACAGAAAUUAGUUAUUUUCUAAAAAUAACUAUAUACAUUACCACUUACUUAAAACAUAUACAAAUGUACAUGGCUUAAAACGUUUUUUCCACCGGUAUUGUUGAUAAUUGAUUUUUAUUUAUGUACUAUUGAAUUUGUAUCAUGAACAAAUUUUAAAGGUUAUGUAAUUUAUAUUAUACUUCUGUACUAUAUAUUUUGCGCAGGCGUGACAAACGCGUAACAGUUAAAUAAAGUAUGUAAAUUACAGUCGGUAAUUUACAUAUUGUCUGUGAAUAAAAGAAACCGAAAAUUUAAUGUUAAAUAUUGAAUCGAAUAGCAUCUUCAAAUAUAAAUGAUACGUGGUGACACACAUGUACAUUUGUGCGCGCAUAUAUUAUAUAGCUUGUCAAUAGUUGUCAACUAAUAUCUAAAGCUUCGUAGCUGAACUAGAUGUUUGAAAAAAAAAUGAAGUUGUGAUUUUAUAAUGUAAUUUUGCUUUAGCUAUUAGGAACGAAUAAUAUCUAUUAAUCUCGAAAGUAUAAAUACAUAUAUAUAAUAUAUAUAUUACAUAUCUGUGUAUUUAUAAUUAAAACAGUACAAACAAACUUAACCUCAAAGUUAGGUAAAAGUAUCAAAUAUAUCUAUAUAUUAAAAAAGAUUAGGAGAGAUAUUCAACAUGCAUGGCAGAGUAAAAGUUCAAACAACUGCAGAACAGGAAGCAUUGAAGAAGAAGGAAAGAGCUGAAAAACUUUCACGUUAUAGAAUUGGCAUGAGUAUUGUGUUUAAGAAAAGAAACGAUAAGAUUUAUGAUGAAGAAUUGAUGACGGUUACUGAACGUAUGGUAAAGCAAAAUCCAGAUAUUUAUACUUUAUGGAAUAUUCGUAGAGAGGCAUUUACAAAUAAUGAUUGGGAUGAAAAUCUUUUGGAGGAGUAUUAUCAAAAUGAAUUAAGACUUACCGAAGAUUGUUUAAAACAAAAUCCUAAAUCUUAUUGGGUAUGGUAUCAACGAAUAUGGAUUAUGAAUCAUUUAGUAAACUGUGAUUGGAAAAGGGAACUAAUGUUAUGCACCAAGUAUUUAAAUUUAGAUGACAGAAAUUUUCAUUGUUGGAAUUAUAGGGAAUUUGUUGUACAAAAAGCACAAAUUUCUCCUGAAGAAGAAUUUGAAUUUGCUACCUCAAAGAUUCUAAAUAAUUUCUCUAAUUAUUCUUCCUGGCAUUACAGAAGUUUAUUGUUAUCAAAAAUAUUUCAUAAUUCUGACCAAAACAAUAUUAAUGAAAAAAAGAAACAAGAAUUAGAUUUGGUCAUGAAUGCCACAUUCACAGAUCCUAGUGAUACGAGUGCUUGGUUCUACCAAAGAUGGUUAUUAGAUACCCAUGAAUGCCUUCCUAUUCUUUCUCAAGCCUUAAUACAAGAUAAUAAUGUGAUCCUUUUUGCUAAUAAAAAUAUACUAGCUGAGUCAAUAUGUCUACAAAUAAAUAAUGAAAAUGAGAACGUUCAAUGGAAAUCUUUAUAUGAAACAAAGAUUUCGAAAUUGUGGUUUGGAAAAUUUAAAAAACAGUUAUAUGAAGUAAAGAAUGUUCAGAUAGAAAUUGAAGGAAUACUUUAUCCUUUACUCUGUGUUAAUCAGAAAUGGAUAUGUAGAAAAAGGAAAUAUAAAUCCUGUUCUAAUAAAGAUCAAUUACUAGAACAAUUAUCAAGUUACAAACAACUUGUAGAAAUGGAACCUAAUAAUAAGUGGGGUUAUUUAACCAGUAUUCUUUUAAUGAGGAAAAUCGAUUUUAUACAGUUUUAUGAAAAUAUUUUAACAAAUUUGAAUGUUCUUGUUAAUAUUGAUUCUCUUCGGUCCAAUUAUUAUAAAGAUUUGCGGAGCAAAUACAUAAUUGAAUACAAAAUUUCUGAAUUAUGGAAUAUAGAAGAAGAUCAAGAAACAGAAAUAGAAAUUGAUCUUUCUGGAUUAAAUUUAACCACACUCAGUAAUAACGAAUAUCUUAGUUUCUUUGAGCAAAUAAAUCUUAGUGCAAAUUAUUUAUCACAUUCCUUAAAUCAAUUAUCUUUACUCCAAAGUUGUAGAAAAUUGUCACUUUCAAGCAAUCAAAUGGAAAAUUUAAAAGAGUUUCCUAUGUUACAGAAUCUUGAAGUUUUAUCAUUAAGAAAUAAUAAACUAAAUAAUUUAGAAGAAAUAUUACAAUUACUAACGAAACAUAAAUUAAAGUUACUUGAUUUAAGAGAAAAUCCAAUCUGUAAUCUUAAAGAAUUAGAAAAUAGUAUUAUACAAAUCAAUCCAGAUUUACAACUAUAUGUAGAGUGAUUUUCGUAAUACACAUAUUGAUAAUAAGAUAUUGUCCAGCAUAGGUAUAUAAAUAAAAAUUUAAUGUUUGGUUAUAUGGGAAGAAUAAAAAUACUUAUUUAUUA